AUGUUUCUUUGUGUUUUUCCGGAAACUUGUUUUUAUUUUCCGGAAUGUUUUUCUGAUUUUUAUUUCCACAUGUUUUAUAUUAUGUUUUCCGGAAUGUUUUGUAUUUUUAUGUUUUCCGGAAUGUUUUUAGUUUGUUCUGAUUUUUCCAGAAUGUUUGUAUGUAUUUUUUCUAAUGUUUUGUGUUUUCCUAUUUUCCAUAAUGUUUUUCCGGAAACUUAUUUUUGUUUUCCUGAAUGUUUUUUCUGGUGUUUGUUAUUUCCAGAAUGUUUUGUAUUUUUGUGUUUUCCGGAAAGUUGUAUUUGUUUUACAGUUUGUUUUAAUGUUUUUACCGCUAUCUAUGUUUUCCCUAAAUAUUUCGUUUGUUUCCUCAAGUUGUUUUACAAAAAAUGUUGUUGUUGUUGAUGUGAAUGUUUGGCAAUUUAAAUUAGGAGACUGUAGC